GUCACAAUAAUAAUAUUAAUCUUUUGCAUUUUAUUUGCUUGUGGUAUUUAAUUCUCGUAUGAUUACUAUUAACAAUUUCGAUGUAAAUAAAACAAGUAUAAUAAUUACAUUUCUGACAACCAUACGCAAAUCAUAAUUGAAACAACAGGACUUUGAGGUUAUGUUUGCAAGUUUGUGAUCAAAACAUUCUACGAUCAAUCUACGAUGGUUUGUGAGAAAUGCGAGAAGAAAUUGGGACGUGUGAUCACCCCUGACCCGUGGAAGACCGGGGCAAGGAACACCACAGAGUCUGGUGGCAGGAAAGUGGGCGAAAACAAGGCAUUAACGGCGAAGAAAGGACGAUAUAACCCGUACACUUCGAAGUUCCAGGAAUGCAAAAUCUGCCGCACAAAGGUGCACCAAGUUGGCUCACACUACUGCCAGGCGUGUGCGUACAAGAAGGGCAUCUGUGCUAUGUGCGGGAAGAAAAUUCUGGACACUAAAAACUAUAGGCAGAGCUCUACGUAGUGUAAUAUAUGGUGUAGUUUUAAGUUAAAUAAUUACUAUAUUGUUAGGUGUUAAAGAUAAAUCAGUUAUAAGGGCUUUUUCACUUAACUGUGUACAGUCAACUGUAAAAAUAUGGGUGUACAAAUCAUCUCAAAAAUAUGUCCCAUAACUCUUAUGUCAGUGAAUAAAGAACUAUGGGACAUAUUUUUGAGUAAGUUGUCUACACCCAUAUUUUUACAGUUGACUGUACCAUUAACGGCCGGCUAUUGUCACAAAACUGAUGGUCAUGUGGACCCCAUACAUUUUGUCAGGAAUGUGACCGUUAGGGUAAGAUUCCAUUUCUGACCGCAGCUGCAUUACUAGUACGAAUGUUCGGUGUUAUUGUCAAUUUCCUUAGUAAAAUGAAUGGUAGUGCUGUCGUUGGAAAUGGACUGUCACCUUUAGACGUUACUGAAACACGACUUAAGUCGCGCUUAAAGCUAUGCCCACAUCUAAACCAAUUUUAUAGGCACAAUGCACACAAACACAAUAACAGUAUAUACUUAUGUUUUGUUUGUGUGUGUUACGUUUAUAAGAUUGCUUUAGAAGUGGGCUUCAAGGGAUGAACAUUUUUAGGGUUCCGUACCCAAAGGGUAAAACGGGACCCUAUUACUAAGACUUCGCUGUCCGUCCGUCCGUCCGUCCGUCUGUCUGUCACCAGGCUGUAUCUCACGAACCGUGAUAGCUAGACAGUUGAAAUUUUCACAGAUGAUGUAUUUCUGUUGCCGCUAUAACAACAAAUACUAAAAAUAGAAUAAAAUAAAGAUUUAAAUGGGGCUCCCAUACAACAAACGUGAUUUUUGACCAAAGUUAAGCAACGUCGGGAGUGGUCAGUACUUGGAUGGGUGACAGUUUUUUUUUUGCUUUUUUUUUGUUUUUUUUUGCAUUAUGGUACGGAAUCCUUAGUGCGCGAGUCCGACUCGCACUUGCCCGGUUUUUUUAAAUGAUUUAUAUAUUCGGUCAACCAAGUUUGUCAUUAGCAAAAACUCGAAAUUCUAAUUUUCUAUAGGAGAAUAACCCUUCGCGCCUACAUUUUUUAAUUUUGCCGCUCUUUUCGACUGACGGAAAUCGCUUGACAGACUUUAUCUACAAUAUUGUAGAUGUCGGCGGCCGAUCGUAAGAUCAGGCAGAUCGUAAUGUUCCUGUGUAUUGUUUUGAGGAUAGUCACAUUAAACUAAUAUAUAGGUAUGAUAGGUUCGUUAGGUUGCUUCAGAUGCCCAAAGGGCAAACUGCCCAGAAAUAGUCGACGUCGACUCAGCGUACGAGUCAAAGAUUUUCACGAUUCACGAUAUGCCUAGGAAUUUCACGAUAUGCCUGAUCUUACGAUCGGCCGCCGACAUAAAGGAAUAAGACAAACAGCUAACCAGUCUGAAGGUUUGUUAUUUAUAAGUAUUGUAUAAAAGCAUGCAUAAGUAAGAGUGGUAUUCCACCUAUCCAAUUUCUUCGUCCAAUGUGUAUUGCGUCUCACAUUUUGCUUAAUGAGAGAGUAAGACGCAAUGACAUUGGAAAAAGAAAUUAGACGUGUGGAAUAUCACCGUAAGGUAAGAACUGUAUAUUGACAUUAUGACAUUAGCGAAAAGAAUAGAUAGUAUAGAGCGGUCCUGUUAUUGGAAAUUUUGUAGUCACAGUACAUUUACCGCCAUCUAUCGACACACGACUAUAACUCAAAAUAAACACGUAUAAAAUUAUCAAAAAAUAGUGUAUAUAUGGAUUAUUUUUAUAUAAUUUGACCCAUGUUCGUUCCCUGAUAAUCCUGAUAUCUAUGUGUUAAAAUUGUUAAAUAUGAAACGGUGUCGUCACGCCAUCUAGCCGAGAAUAGGCUAAAGGUGUGUGCGCCAUCUAUCCGAGAAUGACUUUUUCUUGUUUUCCGUGGCACGUUUUUUGCUUAGACCUUAUUCAUCUUAUACGAAGUUACAUGUCUUUGACAUUAUUAAUAUGACCUGUAAUAUGCCCCACCACAUUUUAUAACCGCAACACACUUGGUUGUAUAACAUUUAUGCAAAUAUGCAACUCCUGUAUAAAAAAGUUUGCCAAUAUGGUAAAAUGUGGCUUUCCAUCAGAGAAGUGUCCUGUUCUUAUGCUCCAAGCACACCUACGAUUUGCUAACGCCCUGUGGAAAGCCACAAUAAUGAAAUUUGAAACUGGCUUUAGUAAAUUAUAAUUUCUAUACUAUGAACUACAUAAUGUAAAUUGUACAUUAAUAAUUUAAUAUACAGGAAAUAUUGACAAUGUUUAUUUAUUUUAUAAGUAAUUUAAAAGUGAAAUAUCCAUGAAAUACAUAUCAAAGUACCACCAACUGUUGUCAAGAUUUCACGCUAGAUGUCGCUGUACCGUCCGCAAACUGGGUAACGACUGUCUAUCGCCGAAAUAAUAAAUGCUUUGGUCGAUUUUGUUGCUUCGGUUUCCUCACGAUAGUUUUUCGUGAUUUAUUUUUUCAUGAGUCCCCACCGUGAAACGUGGUAGACUCGUCUAAAUCCAUACUAAUAUUAGAGAUGCGAAAGUGUGUUUGUCUGU